AUGGCCCCCAUUACCAAAGGAGACCUCAUCCUCGUCACAGGUGCAAGCGGAUACAUCUCCAGCCACACCGCCAAAGAGUUCCUGAAGCAGGGAUACAAAGUCCGCGGGACCGUCCGGUCUCAGGAGAAGGGCGAGUAUCUGAGAAACCUCUUCGAGGGGCUUGGCCAGUUCGAGUAUGCUGUCGUCGAGGACAUUGCCAAGGACGGAGUGUUUGACGAGGCCGUCAAGAGUGUCGACGCUGUAGCCCAUCUCGCUUCUCCUUUCUACACGGCCAAUGUCAAGGAUCCGCAAGAGCUUAUCGGUCCUGCCCUCAAAGGGACUACCGGUAUCCUCAAAAGUAUUCAGAAGAACAACCCAGGAAUCAAGCGCGUGGUUAUCACCUCCUCAGUGGCAUCUGUCAUGUCUGCGCGAUCCAGGAAGACUCCUGUGAUCUACACUGAGGAAGAUUGGAACGUCGAUUCCAUCAAACAUGUUGAGGAGAACGGCGUCAACUCUGACGGAGGUGAUUCUUAUCGCGCAAGCAAGACUCUAGCGGAAAAGGCACUUUGGAAGUUCAUCGAGGACGAGAAGCCUACCUGGGAUGCUGCUGCCAUCAACCCCCCUCUGGUGAUUGGUGAAGUCAUCCACCAAUGCGAUAACCCUGAGAAGUUGAACACCUCUGUCCAUUCCUUUUGGGAAUGGCUCACCGGCAAAAAGUCCGAGUCUGACCUCCCAGCCCCCGGCGCCAAUUGGGUUGAUGUGAAAGACGUCGCCCUUGCCCACGUUCGAGCUCUUACCGUCUCUGAAGCCGGAGGCAACAGAUUCAUUGUUAGCGCUGGUCCGUUUGCCGGACAAGACUACGUGGAUGUCUUGCACAAACGCUUCCCUGACCUGCCGGAUAUUCCAGUGGGCAAGCCUGGAACUCACGACGAGAUUGUCAAGGACUCCAACGUGUUCAAUGGAGCAAAGGCCACAAAGGUUCUGGGUGUUGAAUACAAGACAUUCGAGGAUACCGUUGUGGAGAUGGCGGAGAGUUUGCAGAAGAGAUUUGCAGACAAGUUUUGA